UUUCUUUAAUACCGUUGCAAAGUUGAAAAAAACUAAUUUCGAGAUAUUCUCUAUCCUCUAAUGACUAAUAAAAAAAGUCAAGUGAAGUUUUGUUAGUCCCGGUUAUCUAGUAUCGCUUGAUAAUGAGACGUAAAUCAUUACGAAAUAUAAUAGAUAUAAUUUUUCUAUACUCAUAAUAAGAAUACAGGGUGUGUGGGUUAGCUCCAACUGGAAUGGGAAAAAAGUAAUCCGAUUUUAAUUAAUAUUGCAUUCUUCUAUGGUAGAAAUUUCUCGUGGUAACUUUCACAGUUUAUCCAAAGCUACAGUGAAAGUACUACAUAAUUUAGCAAAAGAUGGCUGACGUGUCGGCCAUGAAAAAGUAUCCAAUAUAAUUGAACAAAGAACAAAGAAAGUUUGGUAAAACUUUGCCCUCAGAAUGAUUGUUUUGAAGUUUCAAUUUACUGAAGUUCAUGUUUGUAGAUGCAAAAAUCUUAAAUAUCAUUAAAAUUAGGGCGAAUAAACCUCGGUAGGUUUUAUAAUAUGCUUGAAUUAUAGGAAGCACGCCCCAGAGAAUGGUCAACAUAAUUGAUUUCUGGAAAGUACUAAUUGUAUCAUAGUCAAAUAAUCACCGAAUUUCAAAAACCACUGAAUUCUCUUCAGUCACCAUGGCACGGUCUUAUUAUUUGAUAAUACACCAUCUGCUGGUAACUAGGUUUUCAUGACAUAUUUUAAACUGCAUUGACAUCGUUUGAAAAUAAAAACCCAGUAGAUUUCACAAUGUUUUCUGCGUUUUAAUAGUUGUCAAAUUUACAAUAAAUAACGAUCAGUCGCAAAAUUAUAUAAAAUUAGUCGAAAAUCGAUUAUUUUUGGUCAUCCUUACCUCGACUGCAGUUUUUGCGAGGUUGACGGCAUGAGUAACUAGAAAUGUCAGUCGCCUAUCGGUAGGCAACAAACCAGUAUCUUUGCUUGCAGUUUACACCACCCAAAAAUCGUGCAAUGGAUUGUUUUGAAGGCCUUUCGAUUUUGACAUCUAACGAAAAACGAAGUAGCGAUGUUGAUUUUGAUGCUAUGCUGAGCCACAUCCUACAGGGUGUUUAUCACCUUGUACCUGAUGAAGUUGAAUGCGAUAUCAAGAAAACCAUCAAUGAUAAAAACAAACCGAGGGAAGCAUUUCUCCAGGCAAUUUUAUAUUUCCUCAAUGAAAUUCGAAAUACCAAAUAUCUCGAUGGAGACACCUCCCUUGGUGUGAAACAAUUAAAUUCACUUAAACGUGGGAUUGAGAUUGCAAUUUCCAUGAUGAUACCGUGCCUUCUACCAGGGGUUGGCGUAGGUAUACAAUACAUGUGUCCGAGAGCAGCCCAGCUGCCUGCAGAACAGCUGACAGAUUUUCAGAAAUACGAGCGUUUGUCAAAUGUUGUAAAAACAAUAUUGAACUGUUUUGACGAAUCUACAAUGCAACCCACAAUCUUACCGCAGAUUGGGUCACUUUUGGCUGCCUUGAUACAACUGUCAACUGUACCGUUGACGAAACCUUGCAACGAGAGUGAAAACAGUUCAGGGAAUACAUUUCGCAUGACAGCAGUUAUUUACAAUCAGUUGAAAAGAGAGCAAGAACAAUUUAGAGUAAGCCUUCUUUCAUUGAUUGACAAAUUGCCGCAGUCCACUGUUGUCAAAGAGUUGAUGAUCAUUCUUGGAGUUCGACGUGCUCCGCGUUGGUUGCGGAGAGAAACUCAACGACUUCUGAUCAGCAGAAUAAUGAAGCCUAACGGCAUCGUAGCUUUAGUACUGUCAAUGUGUGAUGAUGGCUUGGAUUCAGGGGCUCAUUGGGCAAAGCUAGAUGUCAUUGCAAAAUUGAUCGCCACUCCUCAAGGCACUGAUCCAGAUAUUUACUACAAUUCAAUAUGCUCUCAGCUGCUGAAUCUUCUUGACUCCAAAGGAAAAGAUUCACUGAUAGUAACCAGUUUAUGCAUGAACGCACUGUAUGAGAGAAAUCCAACAGUUUUUACUAAACAAAUUCUCAAUCCGAUUAUGGAACCUCUGCUUAUCACAGUUGGGAAAUCUGAAACAAUGGAAGUACUGAGGACUGAGAUUGAAGUUACGAAGUGUAUCGAAAAUCUUUCGAAAUGUUUCACUUCGAAUGGAGCUGAAUUUAAAUGCCUACCAAGCAAACUUCUCUGUGUGAUUGCCGUUCCGUUGUUUCGCCUCUACACCAAAGCAUAUCGCACUGUUUACUUACAUCGAAAGAACUUGGAGCAAUUAAUGCUUCUGCUUUUGCGCGAGGAAUCAAUGCAAGCUGAUCUUUUUGCCAUAUUACUCGUACAGCACAGAUCGAAUCAUGUCGAGCAUGAUUUUGGUAAUAAUUUGACGUUCCGAUUUGGUCCUCACAGUGAAUUUGAAGUAACGAAUCAAGUUGAAUAUAUUAGUUGUGAUGAGUUUGGCGAUUGCCUUCUGCACUUGGUACAGAAUGACAAAAUAUUGUCAUAUAAUUUAUUCUGCUAUUUGUUGGAGUCACUGUCGAGAUUGAAUGAAAAUUGUCAUUGCAAAAAUAAAGACAUUGCGCACGACAUGGAAGUAAAAUUGGUGUAUGCAAAGCUGUUAUCCAUUCUUGCUGAUACUCAUCCAAUUCAAGAAGCAUAUAUUAGAAAUCCGCAGCACAUUCUGUUGUUUGUAAUAUCAUUAGUCGAAGACAAGUCAGCAAACGAUAAGGAAAAUGGAAAUGAAAUUGGCAUAGAAUUUGACGUUUUGUACAUCAGUCUGAUGCUUGUCAAAUUCAUCCUUGAGAAUAAACGAAAAUCCAUAGAUUGGAAGCCAUUCGACAAAUUGGCAACUGCCUUAGGCAAAUUGAAAAGCUGUAGAACAUCAACUGAACUAUCCACGCUGGCCAAACAAGUGACGAAUCUUAUAAAAACAAAGGGUGCAUUAGCUCGACCUCGGUACCAAGAUUUAUCAGAAUCAAAUGAAAAGGUUACUGAAUUCGAUAAAGCUAUUCACGAUCUCGCCGACCCUCUGUUACCAGUCCGUGCGCACGGUUUGAUGUUGCUAACAAAGCUUGUUGAACGUUCAGAUCACGAUGUAAUUGCCCAGAAGGAUAUUGUCUUAUGCCUUUUUCAAGAAAAUUUGAAACAUGAAGAUUCAUUCAUAUACUUGAGCGCCAUCAACGGACUCGCGGCGCUGGCCUCCGCUUAUCCUGAAAAAGUAAUCGAAGUGCUGGUGCACGAAUUUAUCGAUAUAACAUCUGCCAGUAAAGAGAGCACAAUUUCACCCGAUACUCGGGCUAAGAUAGGGGAGAUCUUAGUCAAAGUAACAAGAUCCCUUGGCGAAUUGGCACCUACUUAUAAAAACAUAUUGAUCAAUGGAUUUCUAUGCGGUACACGCGAUGUUGAUCCUCUAGUGAGAACUUCCAGUUUAUCCUGUCUCGGAGAACUUUGUAAAGUAUUGGGUUACCGUUUAGGGAAUAUAAUCGUUGAGGUAAUAUUCUGCAUUGGGAGCAUAAUAAAAACGGACAAAAUAGCGGAAUGCCGUAGGGCCGGUGUUAUGGUGACCACAUUGUUGCUUCAAGGCCUCGGAAAAGCUGCGCUAAUCAGUCUCGGAAACAAUUUAGUUCCGCUGUAUCGAGCUCUGUUGAGUCUACAGCAUGAUGAAGAUUCGGUACUGCGUCUUCACGCCCAACUUGCCCUUAACGAAUUUGACGAUAUCGUGCGAGACUUUCUUUUCUCAAAGCCCAAGCUUGAAAAAAGCAUAUUUGUGUUGGAGCCAACAUUAUGACGACAAGCAGAAUUACAUACAUCAAUCCGAAUUCCAGCACCUCUGCAUUAAAUAAGAAUUAUGAUCUUAUCGAUCUGACUGAUAUUUCACUCUAG